AUGAUUGGCACUCUGUAUUUCUUUGCACUGCUGGGCUCCACAGUGGCCUGGGGGGGUGCAGGCUUGUGGAGCGAGCGGAAUGUGAGGAAUGAGACAAGUGGUGGAAGUGGGGACAGAUGUACCUGUGAUGCCUUCUUGCCCAGUUCAACUUUUCCAAUAAGAGACCUGGUGGUAGUGGAGCAGACAGUUGGAGAGAUCUCCCACAAACUGGAUCUGGAGAUGGGCAAGCUGGAAGACUAUGAGAUCAAGCUGACUGCAUAUGCAGAAAAAAUAAUACAGCUGACAGUGGAAAUCGAAAAAAUGGAGAAGGACCCUGAUGCCUACAAUGAGGCCCAAAUGGAUGAAAUGAAGGUGGAGAUCAAACAAGUGGAGGCUCUGAUUAAAGAGCUGCAGCUUUCCAUCAGAGGCUCCACCACUGUCUUUGAGUCUCUUCGCGUACAGAUCACAGCCAUCGAGGUGACAUUGAAUAGACUGGAGGUGACCUACGACAAGAACACGGUUCUGUUGACACGCCGAGAAUACAUCAAGGUGCAGCUGCAACUAGAGGAGUGUGAGAGACGCCACCAGGAGCUCUUCAACCCCAACAUUGGGUCCUGUGCACAUACUGGUAUCAUCAAGGUUAGCAAACCCAUUGUGAGCCAGCUGAAUGCCCAUCUAAACUCGGGCUACAAAUUUGGAGGCUGGGGGAAAGAUUCAAAACCUGUUCCCGACAGAGAGUCUAUGUACUGGUACUCUGGGUACACUAGUGGCUCCAUUGUUGACAUUAGAUUCUACACUAACUACAAGAAUCUCAUUUUGAGAAACCACUUCCAGCAUCACAACUUACACAGCAGCUGGAUCGGUACAGGGAACAAUUUCAUCAUCCGUGCCAAUACCCUGUACUAUCAGAUCAACAGUCCAUUUGGGUUGGCUAAACUGAAUUUCACUACCAUGAAAUAUGAGUCCAGGGUGAUUCCUGGGACUAGCACCAAAUUCUCCUACACUAACUCCCCCAAUCAAAACUUUGACUUUGCUGCUGAUGAGACCGGCUUGUGGGUGACCUAUGCAACAGAAGAGUCCAGUGGUCGGAUGAUCAUUGCAAAAAUAAAUGAGCCUUCAUUUGGGGUUGAGGAGGAAUGGGAGACUAGUGUCUACAAACCAGGAGUGAGCAAUGCCUUUGUGGUGUGUGGUGUUCUGUAUGCAGUCAGGACAGUCGAUAUCCAAACUGAAGAAAUCUUUUACAAGUACGACACCAAAACCAAACAGGAGAGCUACUUGAGGGUUCCCUUUGAGAGGUUCCAGGAUAAGUAUUCUAACCUGGACUACAAUCCCACUGACCAGAAGCUCUACAUGUACAAUGACGGCUACUAUGUUAACUAUCAUCUGUGGUUUAACCACACAACUAAAGCCACUGUGGCACCACCACUUCUCCUGAACUAA